ACAUUCCCAUUCCAGCUCAACAAAUUCCCAUUCCAGCGCACCAGAUUCCCAUUCCAGCGCACCACACUCCCAUUCCAGCGCACCACACUCCCAUUCCAGCGCACCACACUCCCAUUCCCUCGAGCAUCAUUCUUUUUUAAACACAAUCCCUCAUCAUGAACAUAAAACACAUACAGAGCGCCGUAAAAAGUAUCGGAUUAGAGAAACUUUUUCAAUUUCGGAAAAUGAAGUUCUAGAUGAAAGAGGAUCACACGGUGCAGUUCACUCCGAUGCUCUACAGCUGAAAAAAUUCAUCGUGCAAAGCAUCGGUAGUAAAAAGUGCAGAAUUUUUAGCGCUUCUGAUUAUUUUGAGGAUGCAGUUAGUAGAUUUUCAAGUCCGAGUUCAGUUUUAACAAAGAAAAAAAUCCGUACCCUCGAAAAUAGCCGCACGGCGAACUUAAAUGCUCAUAGAAGUGAUGAGUUUGAGCCUGAAAAUUCCCGUGCUUUAGAGAAUGAUGAAUUUAAUAGUCAGUGCAAUGAUAGUUUCCGAGAAUUUUAUUUGAAACGCCAUGAUUUUUUAGGGGAUGAAGUAAUUAAUCAAUUAAAUGAUGUGCCAAGACGUGCUAACUCACGAAUUUCGGGGAGUAGUGACACAGCUAGUGACGGCCGCUUCACUAACACGGCGGGCACUAAAACUAAUGGCAAAGAGAAGCCAUCCACUAGUAGAUGGGCUGGAGCUACUAGUGAGCAAGCUAGUAGUGUCACAGCAAAUAGUGGUGAUGCCACUGAGACAGCCACUGAUAACAGCGGACAAUUCAGUGACGUGAUUAUGUCCCCUGUAACUAGUGACCCAGUGAAUGAUAUAUAUAAAAUAAAUGGUGAUCCAUUGCCAGUAACUAAUGGCAUCAGAAGUGAUGGUAGUCAAGCACUGCCCUUCAGUAACGUCCUGACUAGUGCUGACAGCAGUGACGCUGUGCCAAUAACAAGCAGCACUAGGAUUGAUGCACCUAGUGACAGUGACGAAGUCACCAAGACGUUAAUAGAAACUUCCUGUAUUUUCCACGUCACGAACGUCAUCCUGCACGCAUGCGUCACUGUCUCGUACGUCACGAUGCUGCGUCACGCCGCCGUUUCCAGGGUGGUGGCGGUAGCUGCAGGCGCGGUGUUCGCCGUACAUCCUGUGCACUGCGAGGCGGUAGCCAGUCUCGUGGGGCGCGCCGAGCUGCUCGCCGCCCUCUGCUUCUCACUCGCCCUCUCGUCCUGCGUCGCCUCCUGCCGCGCCUCCUUCAGCCAUAACUCUUCCUGCCGGGCUAACUCCUGCCGAGCCUCCUGCGCCUCCUUCUGUUCCGCUAGCGGACGUGCGUGGGGCGGGUGGAGUUUGGUGGGCUGGGCUGCGCUAGGUGUGCUGUGUAAGGAACAAGCCAUAACUGCUGUCCCAGUGGGUUUGCUGCUGCAGGCUGCCCACCUGCUCGUCACCACACCUCCUGGCAAG